UCAGUUCGAAUUUACUAACGGCUAGCUAAAGAGCUCGUAAACGAAACGUAAAUACAACGCGGCGGUUAUUUCAACAGAAGUCAGUGCGGGUGAAAUUGUGUCCAUUGCCAAAGGAUUUGCGAAUAAGUGUAAAGUGAAAAAGGAUAAUAAUCUAAGCCAAAAAAGAAAGUCCUUUCGGAAAAGGAAUUAGUGACAAAAUUGUUGUUAGACCAAAGACUUUUGGAUCCUUAAUGCAUACAUCAUGAAUUGGUUCUACAUAAGGUUUGGUUUGUUUGUGCUCCUCAUAUUCUGUCACUCUUGCCGGCUGGCGGCAGCUGCGGCCCAAGAUGAUGAAUCUGUACCAUCCCAACAGAUUGUUAAGCGCCAGGAGGAGGGUAGGGCCCGUGGCAACGAAGCUUCUAGAAUCAUUAAUCAGUUGAGGAGACAGCCGUUAUCGUCUAGCUUUGUGCCAUCGAUUUCUUAUGAUCCCUUCAAGAGUGUCAGUCAUAAUAUUGGUUACAAUUUCGGUCGCAAUUUAGGAAGAACUCCCUUUGCUGGAGCACCUCUAGAUUCCCAGGCAGAAGCAUCAAAAGUUGUUUUGGUCCUGGCCAACGAUAAGCCGGAGAAGCGUGAGAAGACUGUCCAGGUGCCCCAGGCCACUGAGGAGACCCUGAAGCGCAUGGUACGCAAUCCAGACUUUUUCCAGGACUUUGUAGACCAAAUGAAUUCGAUUAACCAACAACUGUCGCUGCGUGUGCCCGAACUAAGCAGAACUAUGGGAGAGGGAUUCAAUGAGAUGAUGUCGUCGACUCCUCUUGGGCCGGUCCAUGAAGCCGGUGGCAUUGACUAUGCCAAACUUGGCCAAACAUUUGGAGAAUCGAUAUUGCCCGAGAAUGUGUUAGCAGGCAUGGGUGAUGCCUUCAGCAUAACACUGCCGCCCAUGGAUAGCCAAACAACGCCCACUCCACCACCACCACCACCACCGCCACCACAAUCCCCAAUGACAGAAACCGAGCAGGUGGAAAGUGAACUCGCCCCCAGACGUAGUAAUGACCAGGUUCCUGGCCUACCAUUCGACAGCAGCGCCCUUUUGGACUCGCCUUUGUUUAGAAGUCUGCAGCAGUUUGUGCCGUCCACAUUUUCCCCGGCAUCGGCGCCAUCCUCAGAGAGGAGUGGUGCUGGAAGCUUCAUGUUUAAUCCCAGCCAGUACCUAUCCUGGUUGCAAAACUCAAACCCAGAGUCAGCCGCUUCGGAUAUUUCUGAGGUACGUGUUAAGCCUGAUAUGCCUUUUAGAAUAUCUCCCAAAGGUGCCUCACAGAAAAUGAGUGAAAUGAAAUUGAGAGCUGCCAUGCGAGAGGCCCUAACCAAGAAAACUAUACCAAUUCUAUGGUUCCGUCUGGCCGAGAAAAAUGCAAAGGAUAGCUCCUCCUCCCCCUUCUCAACCACCAGCGAUGAAACUAAAUCGGACAAACCCCUUGCCGUUACCGAUGAGGAUUUGAAAAUGCAAAUGAAAUUGGCAUCGUUUGAGAGACAAUUGAUUGAGGAGUUGCAGCAAUUGCAGGAGGUGGUCAAACUGGCCAAUGCCUUGAAAAAGGCUCAACUAGAGGCUAAGGGACGCAAAGCUGAGGAUCAACCAUCUUUGAAGCCGUUGACACUUAGCUCCACUCCUCUGUACAAGAUUACCCUGGCCGAUAUCGAGAAGACCUUGAAAGAUGAAUAUGUGCAAAAACUCUUGCAAAUGGCCUCCAAUGCCAAGAAGAGGGACCAAAUGCUAAGGAACAAGUCGGCAAAUGGAAAACAUAACAGCGAUUUUUUGGGAAAUCCCAAUAAGCGUCAAACACCAGGUGCAUCUAGCAUCAAUAAGGAUGAACUAUUGCAAAUGAUGGCCUAUGCCUACCGCAUGGCUGCCUCCAACGGUCAAGACAUGUCAUGGCUAAAGGAGAAUAAUGCUCAGAACAUGAAUGACUCCUCGAAAGCUUCGCAGAUGACAAAUCCAGUCCAGCAAGCGGAGCCACGUCAGCAAACUAUGAGCAGCGACGAACAAUGGUUGGCCGAGAAACAACAAAUGCAACAGCAACAAAUGUCCAUGGAAUCCAACGAAAGAAUUCCUGGAGAUGUUCGCCAAUAUGGUCCCUAUGGGUCUUCUUAUUCGCAUUACGACAGCUUUGGUGGUUAUCCUGGAGGCUAUGGUCGCCCUUCCCAGUUCGGUCGUCCACCAGCAGCUCAUUUUGUACAUCAUCACCAUAUUGGUAGGACAGACACAAACAACAUGCAAAUGCCAGAUAUGAUGACCAGUAAUGGUCAACAGCCAGGAGCCUUGCCCAUGCCACCAAUGCAACAACAGGAACAACAAAGACAAGCAACAGGAUCAACAGGCUCACAGGAUAUCCGUGAGCAGGUUUCGCAGCAACAAAUGACCCAGGACCAACAAAUGCGCCAACUAACACAGGAUCAGCAACAAAUGCAAAAUAUUCCCCUGACAGGUCAAAGCCAAACCAUGACUGGACCUAUGACUCCCACGCAGCGUGAAUGGUUCUAUGGCAGGAGCAGUGAAGGAACUGCUGAAAAUAUCAAUCAAAUGAAUAUGGCUCAGCAGCCAACUGCGACCAACAACAACCCUAGUGGCAUUUCAAACACCCAGCAAAUGAGAGAGCAGCAACAAAGUCCAGGAGCCCAGUCAAAUAUCGCCAGCGAUCAACAGACUCAACAAAUGAGACAAAAUUUCAAUGACUUGGCAGAACAAAUGGCCAACAUGGGAAAUCCCUCAACGCUCAGCAAUCCCUCCAUUGAUAUGAGUAGACAAAUUCUACAACAACAGCAACAACAACGUCAAAUGGCAAAUGUCCCUUCACAAACACCAUUACAAAUGCCAGAGGCAAAUAAUCCAAGUGCUGCCACUGGACAAACGACCAGCUUAGAAUCCGCUGCACCUUUGCAACGUCAAUCUACAGCCACUCAGCCAGCUGGCAACCUAGAUCAAUCCGCUAUUUCUGCAAUGACUAACGGUAAACGUCAGAUGGCUCAAACCGAUGCCGCCAUGCCCAUUGAAGGCGAGGCCACACCUCAAAUGCCCGAAAAUGCUGGAAUGGCUCGUCACAAAGGUUUUGACGAUUUCUUUGAUUCCUUGGAUCCAAGGGGUGGUGAUGAUAAGAAGCAUAAGAACAAAGGCAAAGGCAAAGGCGAUGCCCCCAUAAUCAAUUACUACUACAAUGCUGGUGGUGCUAGCGUUCGGCCGCCUGCAUAUGGUUAUGCUCCUGCUGCACCGGCAUAUGGUUAUGGUGGUGGUUAUGCUAGACCCCCACCACCUCCUCUAGCCUAUGGCGGUGGUGCUUAUGCUCCAGCCAAACCCAAGCCUUCAUCUUAUUAUGGCGGUGGUGCCUACGGUUCGAAUGCUUAUGGUUCUGGAGGUUAUUAUCGCACUGCCACAGGAGAUGCCGAAAUCGAAGAGAUGUUGCGAGAACAUCAAACGAUGCCGCAUUUUUCUUUCUCUGCACCCGAUGCUGUUCUCGCUCUUCCUCCCAUUGCAUCCAAAACCACCUCCACCAACAACAACAUCAAUUGUUCUUCCUCAUCAUCCCCCAAAACAUCAAUAACAGAUGACGAAUUUCAGAAAAUGAUCUUGCUGACGAGACCCGAUGACAACCGCAUACGUACCACAUCAACUUCAUCCUUAGACGACACUUCCUCGGGAAAUGCCGAUUUAAAAAAUCAAACAAAAAGGUUAGCCUCUAAUGAUUUCGCCAAUUAUAAAAGUUUUCUUAUAGUUGUAAGACCGGGUAAAAAAACCAGUAAGCGCUCCAAGCGAUCGGCCGCUUACACUGCACUGGAGCCCAUUGAUGAGAACUCAUUGAGCGAGUUGAGAAAAACCUAUAAAAAUUCUUUGAAGGAAAUUACCUUGAAUCCAAAUGAAACACCCGAACAAGCACUGGAACGCUACAAUGCCGAAGCGAUACGUGAAGCUUUGGCCAAGGCCAACGCAACGCCCAUGGAAAUCUCCGCUGGCGAAGAUACUGCAGAAAUCGAUGACAAAGGUGAGCAUCAGGAUCAGUAUGUAGCCGAGAGUGGUUAUAUGAGUGCAUCGCCAAAGUCCCAUAAAGAGGAAGAAAAUCAUGUGGGUACUCAAGCUCAUAGCUCGGCCAGUGCGACGGUGAAUUCCGGAGGGCCGCAAUAUAAUCAAUAUGUGGCCCAUUCUGCUGGGGUGAGUCAGUCGGCUGCUGCUGGGGCUGUGCAGAAUCAUGAGGUGCCACAAAAUUUGCAUACAUAUCAAGUUAAACCCAGCAUUAACCCACAUCAACAUCAGCACCAACAGCAUCAUCAGCACCUGUCUCAACAAACUCCCUAUGUGUCAGUAGUGAAUCCCUAUGAGCCCGUGGCAGUAGUAGAUGACUAUGACAUUAAUCCAAAUGCCUAUCCUGCUGUUAGCAAUCGUAAUGGCUUUUAUAGGGCCAUACACCCUGGAAAGCCUCUUCCCUAUGCGGUGCCUUAUGCUAAACCAGAGCUGAGCUACAGCACCACUCCCCUUCAGGCUGCGCUGGCAGUAAAAUUACCCACUCUACCAAAUCCCAUGGCAGGAAAUUUGGUUAGGCUCUAUGAACCCAACCGAUAUGGUGUGCGCUUAAGUCCACCCGUGGCUAAACCGCCGUCUUGCAAUGCCAUUGAGAAGAGUGCUCGCAUCUCGUAUAGUGACCUUAAUCCGCAACACAACAAGCCCACCAAGAGUUGUGACAAGAGCAUUGAGAAUAUCUAUGAAAUCUUGAAACAACGUCUCUCCGACUGUUGCUCAGAAUGCAAAGAGAAAUUGUUAAAAACCUUAGAGGAGGCCCUCAAGCAUUCGGAUUUGGGACAUACAAAAGACUCCGAUAAGAAGUCAUAUGACACAAAAACCACCACCCAGACAAUACGCAAAGAGGAUGAGGCCAAAUUCAAGGAAUGGAUAGAUGAAAUGUCUCAAAAGGGCUAUGAUAAAAAUCACCUGACCAAAGAUCUGCAGCGUGACUAUAUGGUAGAUGGUCGCUUCCAAUUGGCUUUGCCUCAAACUGAAAGCUCUGGAGAGUUAAUGUACGGCUCUACGCAGUCCUUUAAAAGGGAGACAACACUAUCCGAGCAUGAUGUAGAUCUGAUGACUCCCCAACCCCAAAAUGAGAAUAGUCCUGAGGGUUAUGAAGAAGAAACCGAUGAAGAGAGUAGUGGAGCAGAAAGUGACAUGACACAAGAAGCGGCAAAUAACAUCAAAGAGGAAAUAACAAAAGGUGAUGAUGUUUCGCCCCAGACCUCCAACUUGUUGGAACCUGCCGAAUCCACAACCCAUAGUGUCUAUGCGUUAAGAGGUAAAUACAAGCCUAAUAAACGCAAUCAUAUACCCGGUACUGAGGACAAACACAUUGCCCGGAAAUAUAGAAAUCAUAGGCAUGUAAAAAAGCUGGGAGCAGCUGGCAGCAGAUCCAAGCCAUUGGUCAAUGCCAUCAGCAAGAGCCUAACGCAAGAAAAUGGCACAGAACAACACAAAAACAUAGAGGAGAUAUUAGAUUUCCUACAUGAAUUGAGUAAAGUAAGCAAAGAAAGGCAAACGAAAUUGUCCUCAGAAGUAGCGAGCUCAACUACUACAAGUCCGCCCUUAACCUCGACCACUACCGAAAAACCUCAAACAUCGACUAAUUCGGCAAGCCCCACUUCAGUGAAACCAAAACGUCGAAAAUCUAGAUUGUCAUCAAGACCCACAAAAAGUGCCUUGGCAAAAAGGGGGUCUUCCUUGCCUACUGAAAAAUCCGAAUCCAACAAAUAUAAUGCAACACCAACAUCAAAUCCAUCAGAACCAUCAUUACAAUCCUUCACCGAAUCGUUAACAUCACCUGCAUUAGCAUCUACAUCUGCAUAUGCACCUGCCUUACCGCCCAAUUCAUAUGUAAAUGAAGACUUAUACGACGAAAAUGAAAUGUCUGAACGUGAACGUUCCAUGUUGGAUUACCAUCCAUCACUUUUGCGACCAUUCAUGGGUUUACGAGGUAUAGGCCACUUAAAUGAUCCUUGGCGUCUAAGACCCUUCAAUUUGUAUAAUCCAAUUUUUGGAGGUGGCGGUACCUUUGAAUCCCUAUUGAAUCGUUUCAAGCGAAAUGUUUCCGCUAAUCCUACCUACUAUGCUUCGCCGACUCUGCCAACUCCUCCAGCUGUUCCCAAUAAAAAUGUCCUCACCCCGGCCAUGUUAGAACGUUUGUUACGCAUCAAAAUGAAUUUUGAAAAGAAUUAUCCUUUUCUCUAUAAGACCAUGAUGGGUCAUCUGACGGGUGAUAAGCAUACCUCACUUAGUAUUACACCACCAGAAAUACCCGAACAUGUGUCCUAUCCCAAUUUGGAAUUGGCCGCUGCUGAAAUCAAUCAAUUGGAAACCUUUUUGGAGAAAAUGAAAACUGAAGAAGUGGAACAGCCUCAGUUGGGAAAACCCUACGAAGACAGUUUUAAGUUUUUAAAUGAAAAGGAUUUGCAUUAUCAGAGCGAGCGAGCAUUAACAUUAGACAAUGAAAGGCGUUAUCGACAAAGUGAGCAAGAAGGUAAAGUAAAUGUUUACCUUCAACCAAACCAAAGACAUGAAGAACAAUACCCUCUGCAAUCGAAGAGUAAUGAAGAACAAUACCAUCAACGAAACCAUGAAGAUAAUAAAGACAGAUAUCAUCCACUAUAUCAGCCAGACAGAGAACAUCAAAAGGAAGUUAAUGAAGAUCGUUACCAUCAGCAAUCUAAAGGUAAUGGAGAACGUUACCAACAACAUUAUCAAGAAGACAAUAAGUAUAAUGAAGAUGAUUACCAUAAACCAUCUAUAGGUAAUGAAGAACAUAAUCACCAACGUUAUCAAGAGGGCAAUAAGCAAAGACACCAUCCACUAUAUCAAGCAGACAAAGAAGAUUUUUAUCCUCAAUAUCAACAAGAAACUAAUGAAGAUCGUUAUGAUGAACAAUCUUAUCCGGAAAAUAGUUAUGGAAAAGAUAGUUAUCAUCAACUUCAUCAAACUGAUGCAGCAGCCCCUUAUCAAACUUAUAGAGAAUCCAAUGAAGAUCGUUCAGAAUAUAAGCAUCCGCAAUCUCAGGAGAAGGAUCAGGAAAAUGAUGCACCCAAUGAAGAGUAUCAACCGUCUUUGAAGUCUCCCCCAGCUUCGGAAGAAUUGUACCAGUCUUUGGUAAAUCCCUUGAACAAUGAGCAAAGCUUUUGGGAUGCAUUUCAACAAGAAGAACAACCAGAGAAAUAUCAGCCAGUGACAGAUGCUCCCCAGCAUGAGGAAGUCAGUUUUUGGCAACAAUUCCAAGAUAGUUUGGAGGAAGUCGAUUCACCAGUGCGUAAAAGGGAAAGUUUUUGGUCAGCUUUGGAGGCGGCAGAGGAAAGGCAAAGUAAGGAACGCGAUCGUCAUAUAACAGAUGAUUUGGAUCCUAUUUUCAAUUCCGAUGAAGACCAGGAUUGACUUUGAGAUUCCGUAAAUUUUGUUUUGUUUUGCAUUACAUAUUUGUACCUUUAUUGUAAUAUGUAUGUAGUUUGUUAAGGACCUAUCAUGUGAAAUAAAAAAUAU